AUGUCGUGGUUAGCUAUCCACUUGAGUCGAAUUUCCGGAAAUUUGCCUUGGAUUUCAAGAAUUGCUUUGAUCUUGAAAAAUAGUGAUUUUGAGCAGUUGAACGUGAAGAAUAAGAAAAUGAUGAGUGGUCAAGAUGCAGUCUUUUAUGGUGAAGAAGUAGUUGAACAUGUGUCUUCUGUAAAGGAAAUUGGAGAAGAAAAUGCUGUUGAUGCGGAGAAUGUUGGAGAAAAUGAGCUGCAAAAGCUGGCGAAAGGGAUUCUUAGUGUUCCUCUGUCCGAUUUUAAGCGUUUGAGGGAAGGCCAUCAUGAAGAGUCGAAAUCGGUCUCUGUGCAUGAUUUCUUGAAAUACACCGAGGCUGAAGGAAAAAGAUUCUUCCAGGAGCUGGACAGAGAUGGUGAUGGGAAAGUUAGUUUGGAAGAUCUUGAAAUUGCUAUGGAAAAGAGAAAGCUGCCGAAGAUAUACGCUCGUGAUUUCUUACGGGACAUGGGUGCAAGCUUCUUCAACCCUGAACUUCCGGAAGUUAUGUCGAAGCUUCCUCAGUAUGGAGUCCGCGCAUUAUACAGAGGUUCCAUUCCAGCUAUCGUAGGGCCGUUUUCAAGAAUCCAUGCCAUCAUUUUGCGGCACCUUUCUGGGGACGGCAAUGAGAAUUCCAUGCGAGGUAUUGAAUUAAAGAUUGCAAGCCGGUUUAUUCGAAAAUGUGGGCCAAGCUAUUGUCGGGACAUGACGGGAAGAUGGUGCCGGUGGCUUUUUCUGUGGCACUGCCGCCACUAUCUGCCGGGAGAUACCGUUCUACGUUGCUGGGAUGGGCCUAUAUGCCGAGUCCAAGAAGGUUGUCCAGCGGCUUAUAGGUCGAGAGCUGCAGCCUUGGGAAACGGUGGCUGUCGGGGCUCUGUCUGGAGGCCUAAUUGCCGUCUUAACAACCCGAAUCGACGGCCAGUCGGGCUUUUCAAAGGGGCCGUGCCUCGGUUCUUCUGGGUCACGCCGCUUGGGGCAAUGAACUUUUCGGGUUACGAGCUUCUGAGGAAGGCCAUGGGUUGA